AUGGUUUCUGGAUGGCUGAGAAAUCCUUCUGUCGGAUCGAGUCACACAUAUAUUAGCUUCUUCAACCCUGAACCCCUCUCGACUUUGAGAUCACCUAAAGAUAUCUUCCCUGCCGACCACGUCACGAAAGACGCUACUCACCCAAUUGAUAAUCUCAUUACCACUUCCAAAACGACACUCGCAACACUUUUAAAAAAGCAGUCACACGAUGUUUCCGUGGCUGCCUCGAGAUACUACGAGAGAAGAGGCCGUCGUCCGCCGCCACACUUUGAUGACUGGGCAGAAUUUGCCCUGAAAAGAGAUUGUCUACUCAUUGAGGAAUUCUUUGACCAGAUAUAUCGAGACAUUGAACCGUUCUGGGGACUGAAGGCAGUGGACAUUAGACAUGCCGCUGCCACAUUGCCGAACACGUUGAGAAUAAGGAAUGGCCAGGUGGCAAGGCCGUCAAAAAAGUGGCCUUUUGUGAACGCCUAUUUUGACUUGCUAAAAGUCAUUGAAAAACAUCUUCCAGAUGUCGACAUCCCGGUUAACGAAAUGGACGAACCACGAGUCUUACUUUCUUGGGAACACGUGGACGCACUCCUCGGUCAAAGAAACAGAUCAAAUACGCCCUUCGAAACCCCACGGGUACGCACUUUUGGCAAUCUGAGCGAUGACAAGGUAACGUCCACGAACCAUCCUUGGCUUGCCGAAGGCCCCUUCUGGCCCAAAGCACAAACAGGUUGUCACCCAAGCACGUCUGGCAGAUCCCUGGCCCAAGACAUAGACUUGUCAACACCACCCCAAUUUCCAACAAGCUGGCCUGACUCAUCUUACAGGGGCUUUGUUUCCAACUGGACUGUUGCAACAGAUCCUUGCACUCACGCAGACCUGCGCAAUCUGCAUGGAACGUUUGUUCAGCCGAUUUCGCAAGCGAUCAGUACCGAAGUACUACCAAUCUUCAGCGGAUCAAAAUUGGCAGUAAACAAUGAUAUCCUUCUUCCCAGUGCUGUUUACUGGAAUGAUGACAAGCGCUUUUCAACCACACGACGCAUCUCGUGGGAGCAGAAGCGGGACGAAGUCCUCUGGAGAGGCAGUGCUUCCGGAGGCCACAAUACUGCCAACAACUGGACACGAUUUCAACGACAUAGGUUGCUGUCGAUGCUGAAUGGCACGCAAGUGCAGAUGGCGAUCGAGGCGAGCCAGAACGGCCACGACGCAACAGACUCUAGAGAAGCCGUGGAAAAGACUCCAAGGGGUAGACACAACCUUCCAGGCAACUUUCCACUGCCAAAUCAAAGUCUCUACCCUUUACAAUCAUCUGCUUUAGGGCUUCUGCCAGAUUGGCUGCGGAGCAUAUCCAAUGCAGCUUUUACUUGGCUCGUCUGCUUUCCUGCCACCCGCGACUACGCCUGCAGCUAUACUGGCGCAUGGUACCGCAGAGGAGUCGAAAUGCCAUUUUACCGCAUGUUCAAAGCCAAAUACCUGCCCGACAUUGACGGGAACUCCUUCUCUGGCCGCUUUCUCGCCUUUUUGAGAAGUAAUAGCUUGCCCAUCAAAGCAACGAUUUACAAGGAGUGGCACGAUGACAGAUUGGUACCAUGGCGGCAUUUCGUCCCCAUGGACAAUACCUUUGUCGACCUCUGGGCUAUCCUGGAAUAUCUUGUCGCUCAUGAUGAUGUGGCGAAGGAGAUUGCGUCUGAAGGACAGAAAUGGGCGGAUACGGUAUUGCGCAAGGAGGAUAUGCUUGUCUAUGUGUAUCGGCUUAUCUUGGAAUACGCACGUGUCAGUGAUGACCGGCGCGACGAGAUGAGGUGGACGCCGGCAGCAUCGGGAGUUGUAUAG